AUGGCAACCCUCAACUCCAUAUUACCACGUCCCUGGACUGUGAUUCAGUUCACAUUCUCGAAUCUGGAUGCUGACGCCGAGCUAGUCGCGAUGUGCAACCAUGUGCGAUUUGUUGUACACGUUACGGAGACUGGCUUGGCUUCGUCACCCUGCCUUCAAGAAAAAUUCCUCUUCUUUCUCAGCGUGGCCGAAAAUGACGAACUUGAUGGCUGUACGGUUGACGACUUCUACGACUGGGCGCUUGAACCUCUGCUCCCUGUGCUCUGCGAGCAGACUUAUGAAUCGAAGGUUGGGACAGCAACGCUUCACGAUUUCAUAUAUGCUCCGACACUAGAAUACUCGCUAGAGGCCGAGUCAGACAAGCUAGUCUUACGACCACAAAAGGAACAUGCUGAGACGCGAUUGAUGUUUGGCGUUUCCCUGCCGGACAAAUGGCAUCUGUGGCCAUGCUACUUGCCGUCUGAGAUCAAACUCGACGAGGAGACUGCCUACGACUCUACUCCUCGCAAAGUUAUCCUACCCGACAACACUGCAGCUUUUUUCAAGCUCAUGGGCCGCGGAGAGAAGCGCAUCCUCGAAAGUGAGCUUCUCAACUAUGAAAGAAUUCGGACCUCCCGGCUGUCAACCUCGGUCCGUAUAUCUCGUCUUCUUGGGCUGGUCCGCGACGACAGUGACACUGUAUUUGGUCUGCUUCUUACGCACAUUGACUGUAAAAAUGAGACUCUGACUUGCGCAAUUGAGUCUGGUGCACCGGAAUCUACACGGCGACGAUGGAUAGCAGAGAUAACACAAAUCGUCCAUUGCUUACAUCAAGAUAGUCUAGUGUGGGGUGACGCGAAACCAGACAACGUCCUCAUCGAUGGAAAUCAACAUGCUUGGAUCAUUGACUUUGGUGGUAGAUACUCGAGAGGCUGGGUUCCAAAAGACCUGGCCGGCACCGCGAAUGGUGAUCUCGUGGCCCUUGCAAAGAUAGUGGAUUAUGUCGAACGGGGGCCAGAAUUUUCAUUGUGA